AUGCCCAACGCAGAAUCAGCGACAGAUUUCCUUCAAGUACUCAACAGUGUGCACCCUAGCUUGUCUUUCACUAUGGAACUUGAACAUGACGGCUCUAUUCCGUUCCUCGGUACAGUUUUGACAAGAUGUGGUGGCACUCUAACAACAGAAGUCUACAGAAAACCAACCUACACAGGACUGCUACUCCAUUUCCAAAGCCACGUCGACAGCAGAUUCAAGAAAGGCCUAGUCAACACGAUGGUUAACCGUGCGUACCGUCUAUCUUCCACCAAAGAAGGUUUUGCAAAAGAAUGCAACAAGUUACGCACCAUAUUUUCAAAGCUGCGCUAUCCGAAAACGUUGGUGGGUUCCACUAUAAAUAAGUUCAGCCAGGAACCAGAUGAAAAAAUACACACCGUGCCUUCAGGAGACCCAUCUGUUUACAUAGGAUUGCCCUUUAAAGAUCAUCGAUCAGCUGAUCGCGUACGCAAAGAUAUCUAUUCUCAGGGAGCCAAGAUCGAUGUUAACGUAAAACCCAUCUUUACAAGCAGAAAACUGUCACAAACCCUGAGUGUCAAGGAAAACAAGCCCCCGAUCGUCAACACUCAAUGCGUUGUAUACUUAUUUCAAUGUGAUUUGUUCGAUGCAAAUUAUGUCGGGUACACUUCCCGACACUUACAUCAACGCACAAGUGAUUCACCGUUAUUCAGCCAUCGGGAAACACCUUGA